AAAAAUUAUUAAUCCAUUUCAUUUCCAUCAAAAGGUCAACUUCAAAGUCCAGUUUCAAAGUAUAGAUUUCAAACCAUUCCAUCAUAUAUCAUCGUUUCAGAAGGUAUACAUAGACAGUCAUACACAUCCACGUAUCUCUGAUCUUAUCUUAUCCCAUCAUCUCACACGUUACGUCGUCUGAACCAUCUUCAACACCCUCUCCCUAGACCUUCCAACCACUGUUUUCUCACUUGAAAUCUAGAGUCUAGUUCCGCUUUCAAAUCACAUCACAUCAAAUCAAAUUAAACAACCGUAACAUUUCAUAUCAUAUCACAACUAUCAUCCCCAUUAAGUUAUUCCAUUUGCAUUCCACCUUAUUUAUUCUAGAUUUCCUUUUCCAUUUAUUUACUACUUAAUCAUACACUAAUAAUACUACUAAUAUAUUCAAUAUGGGUGAACGAGGACCAGAUCAAUGGUUAGAACAAAUCAAAAAAUGUAUCGCUUUAAGCGAAUCAGAUAUGAAACAAUUAUGUGAAUUAGUUAAAGAAUUAUUAAUGGAAGAAUCCAAUAUCCAACCAGUUCAAUCUCCGGUAACUGUUUGUGGUGAUAUUCAUGGUCAAUUCCAUGAUUUAUUAGAAUUAUUCAGAAUUAGUGGUGGUUUACCUUCUAAUGAUAAUCAAUCUAAUUAUAUCUUUUUAGGUGAUUACGUUGAUAGAGGUUAUUUCUCAUUAGAAACUUUUACUCUUUUAAUGGUUUUAAAAGUAAAAUAUCCCAAUAGAAUCACUUUAGUUAGAGGUAAUCAUGAAUCAAGACAAAUUACUCAAGUUUAUGGAUUCUAUGAAGAAUGUUUAACUAAAUAUGGUUCACCAACCGUUUGGAAAUAUUGUUGUCAAGUAUUUGAUUUCUUAACUUUAGCAGCUAUAAUUGAUGGAAAAAUUUUAUGUGUUCAUGGUGGUUUAUCCCCUGAAAUUAGAAUGUUAGAUCAAAUUAGAGUGUUAUCAAGAGCUCAAGAAGUUCCUCAUGAAGGUGGAUUCUGUGAUUUAGUGUGGUCGGAUCCUGAUAAUGUCGAUACUUGGGCUGUAUCUCCAAGAGGUGCCGGUUGGUUAUUUGGUUCAAAAGUAAGUCGAGAAUUCAAUCAUAUUAAUAAUUUAAGUCUAAUAGCAAGAGCCCAUCAAUUGGUUAUGGAAGGUUUCCGUUAUCAUUUUAAAGAAAAAGAUGUGGUUACUGUUUGGUCAGCUCCAAAUUAUUGUUAUAGAUGUGGUAAUGUUGCAAGUGUUAUGAAAGUUGAUGAAGAUUUAGAACCAAAUUUUAAAAUCUUUAGUGCUGUUCAAGAUGGUGAUAUCACUGUUAAAAAUAAUGCUAAUAAACAACAAAGAAGUGAUUAUUUCUUAUAAGAUAAUGACUCACUUUCAUGGUAUGAUGUUUUCCUUUCCCUUUCCUUUUCCAUUUUCAUGACAUAGAUCACUUCUCCUUUCCUUUCCUUACUUUUCCUCCUUCAUUUGUCAACGAAUAUAAACUAAUUCUUUCUAUCUAUCCUCACUUUUAAUUGACAAUAAUGAAUUUAUGAUAAAUGUUUCCCUCUCCCUAUUAAAUUUUUGUUC